AUGUCGACACUCAACGUAGAUGCAAAGCAUAUCCCUCGCUCUUCGUCACCGUUCCCAAAUACGCCGGUGACUGACAAGAAGGGCAACGAAAUUAAGACGGUAGGAUAUAAGCGCUUUGGAUUCGACUCGGAGGUCCCGAUCGAUAUCCUGCGUUCGCUGUACCUCCGCCCACACUACGUUGCGACUGUUUCAGGGGACCAGGAAGACUCUCAAGUAGCCCAAUUUGUGACUGGCCAGUUUGCAGAAUAUCAGUCCAAAUCGAUCUACCAUCCCCAGACCCAGUCUAUCUCGUAUACAACCCUAAGUCGCUUCCCCCCCGUGAAAUUGCUCCCCAACAGCGAGAAGAAACGCAUUCUUGUCACUGGUGGAGCCGGUUUCGUUGGGAGCCAUCUCGUCGACCGCCUCAUGCUCCUCGGUCACGAUGUUACUGUCCUUGAUAACUUUUUCACCGGUUCCAAGACUACUGUCUCUCACUGGGUCGGUCAUCCCAACUUUGAGAUGGUCAGACACGAUGUAAUCGAACCAUUCAUGAUUGAAUGCGACCAAAUCUAUCACCUCGCGUGCCCUGCAUCGCCCCCGCACUAUCAAUUCAACGCGGUCAAGACUAUAAAGACUUCAUUUAUGGGCACUCUAAACAUGCUUGGAUUGGCCAAGCGCACCAAAGCGCGUUUCCUCAUCACCUCGACCUCAGAGGUAUACGGAGACCCAGAGGUCCACCCUCAAAGCGAAGAGUACUGGGGUCAUGUAAACCCUAUCGGACCUCGCGCAUGCUACGACGAGGGAAAGCGUGACGGCGUCGAUGUCCGCGUGGCGCGUAUAUUCAACACGUUCGGCCCACGCAUGAACCCAUACGAUGGACGCGUCGUUUCGAACUUUAUUAUCCAGGCUCUCAAGGGCGAGGACAUGACUGUAUAUGGCGACGGUCAACAGACUCGUUCGUUCCAAUACAUUCACGAUCUCGUCGACGGGCUUAUUAGCCUUAUGAACUCGGAUGAGACUCGCCCCGUGAACAUUGGUAACCAGGAUGAGUUUACGAUCCUCAAAUUUGCGGAACACGUAAGGGAUAUUGUGGAGAAGGUCCAAAAGGAAGAUGGCACUCCCCUCAAGCCCAAGAACGGGACGGACAGAGUUAAUAUCAUUCACGGCCCUAUGCCAACCGAUGAUCCCCAGAAGCGUCGUCCCGAUACUACGCGUGCAAAGGAAGUCCUUCAAUGGGAACCCAAAUGGACUGUGGAGAUGGGUGUCGAGGAGAUGGUUCGUUACUACAAGGCCAAGAUGGCCGAGGGUGCUAUUUAA